ACUUGCAGUAGCAGAGUAGAGAAGUCUACAAGUCCCAGUUCCCUCACACCCAAGCAGAGCACAGUGAGUAAUUCUGAUAGAUAGCGUCUGUGACUCUCAAAUAAAAAUGUCGAAGAUGAACAUAGACAUCACAGCAUCGGUGAAGCCAGAGUACCCACUCUUAGAUCGGGACCCGCCGUUCACCAGAGUCGUCGGAAACUUCAACUCCCUCGACUACCUCCGCUUCGUCACCAUCACCGGCGUCUCCGUCACCGUCGGCUACCUCUCCGGGAUUAAGCCAGGGAUUAGGGGACCGUCGAUGGUGACCGGAGGCAUAAUCGGGUUAAUGGGUGGGUUCAUGUACGCUUACCAGAACUCGGCGGGUCGAAUCAUGGGCCUUUUUCCCAACGACGGCGAGGUUGCUCGUUACAAAAAGUGACACCAUUUUUUGGGUUUUCAGACAAGUUUUUAAGUUUUUUGUUGUUCUUUUUAUUUUCCCAUGAUGUUUUGUUCUGAUCGU